UUAUUCGCGGGUGUAGCGGGGUCUCCCUUCCCCCAUCGCUGGGUCCCGCGAGAGGGAGACGCUAGGGCUUGGAGGUAUUAUGGCCCAAGGAUUGAUUGAGGUGGAGCGAAAGUUUGUUCCAGGCCCUGGUACAGAGGAGCGGCUGCAGGAGUUGGGGGGCACCCUGGAGCACCAGGUCACCUUCCGAGAUACCUACUAUGACACCCCUGAGCUGAGUCUCAUGCAGGCUGACCACUGGCUGCGACAACGAGAGGAUAGUGGAUGGGAGCUCAAAAGUCCUGGAGCAUCAGGUGUCUCAGGACUCCACACUGAGUACAAGGAGCUCACAGCCGAGCCUGCCAUCGUGGCCAAGCUGUGUGAAGUGCUGGGGGCUGAGGGCCUGGGGGCUUGCAGUGUGGCUGCUGUACUGGGUCCACUUGGGCUACAGGAAGUAGCUAGUUUUGUGACUAAGCGGAGUGCCUGGAAGCUGGUGCUCUCUGGAGUUGAUGAAGAGGAGCGGCCGCUCAGGGUGGACCUGGAUACAGCCGACUUUGGCUAUGCUGUGGGGGAGGUAGAGGCUGUGGUGCAUGAAGAGGCUGAAGUGCCAACUGCCUUAGAGAAGAUCCACAGCCUCAGCAGCAUGCUUGGUGUGCCUGCACAGGAGACGGCACCAGCCAAGCUAAUUGUGUACCUGCAGCGCUUCCGGCCUCAUGACUAUCAGCGCCUGCAAGGAGUGAACAGCUCCAGAGAGCCCACCGGGGACUAACCAUCCUGACAGUGACCUGGGCUAGGGGUGCCACUUCCUAGAAGGGGAAGGGGCCUCUGGGUCUAAUGGGGGCCACCCCUGGAUGCCCUGUGACUCAUUUCCUUGGCUUCUCUUCCAACAGUGACUCCUCCCUCUCCCGCUCUGCCCGUCCUCCGCCCUCUACUCUCAGCUCCGCUACCCUUCUCCGAGCCCUCCCUGGCUGCCUCCUCUCCCUCAUCCGUCAGAUGCAAUCUGUGGGCCGCCCCUCUCCCCUGGCCGCUAAGCAGCCUCCAUUGAUUUCCGCUCGUGUUUAUAGGAUUUCCACUUAGCCGUGAUCAGUAGUUAAGCACAGGAAAAUCCCUUGCCACCCCCCUCCCUUGGUCGAUGCCAUUGAUUCUGCCAGCGGCUCCUAAACCGCCUUACAGCUGAGUUAGAGAUGCGGGAGGCAGCAGGGAUUUCCCCGGCUUGGGGUGUGGGGAAUAGCGGCAGGUUGGGAAAUGGUCGCAAAUCCCUGAUAGAAAUCUCAAACUCUGGCUUGAUUUUGCCACCUCUGGCCCUGUGGGAAGAGUGCUCCCUGUGGAAGUUCAGGGCAGAUUUGCUCCCUGACCUGGGGAGGGGGAGGAAGAAAACCCUCCUUGUUGAGACAGGUUCCCAAGAUUUCUACUUUCUGUUUAAGAAGGCUCUCCCCUGACUGUUACUCAUACACAUUUUCUACCUCAGAUACACCGAAAUAGGGCUUUCCUCCUCCCUCAGGCUUUAUUGGGCUGCAUUUUUGUGGGACCGGCCAGCUAGCUUGGAGUUGGUGCAGUGGCAAAGGCAGGGCCAGAGCACCACCUGCUGGCAGCCCUCGGGCACAGGUUCCAAGCUGCUGGGGCCUGGAGUCCUGGACACCGGAUGGUUUCAC